AUGCCAAGGCAUCGACGCAUCGUCAUCCUUUCCCCUCAACCCCCUCCCCACCAACCCCACUCCGCUCUUUCUCCCGGCUCCCCUCUCCUCUCCUUCGCCCCUCUCCCCCCUCUCUCCCCUCUCCCUCCCCCUCCCCCCCACUCCCCUUCCCCCACUUCCCGCACGUCCGUCACACACCCGCUCUUGGAGGACAAGGCUGAGGACAAGGCUGUGCUCACGUACGUGUGCCCUGACCCCGCACAUCUGUGGACUCUAGCAGGCUUGGAGCUGAUGGAGGUUCUGGAGAAGAUGGGCGAGCGCGUGGCAGCCAUGGGGCUCAAGUGCGGGGAGAGGCGGCUGCACCAGCUGGCGAACGUGUUCGGGGAGAUGCGCCACCCCGAAACCGUCUUCUCCCACUUCAGACUCGACGCUCACGAGCAGGAGACGCUCUUCUGCUUCAUGCAGGAGGAGGUGGAGAAGCUGGGGGACGUGCGCAACUGCAUGGAGCGGCUCAACACUCUGCGCUCGCUGCUCAGAAAGAAGAAGCCUGCACCAGCCACAAGCCUUCUGUCUGAGCUGCAAGCUGCCUCAGCUGACGCCCUCGCUGAUGGAGAGGGCAAGGAGGAGGCGGAGAAGGACGGUGACUCGUCCUCGUGGAUGCCUCGCUGCGACCUGCCAGGGGCAGAAGAGAUCCUCAAACUGACAGCGACCAUAUCAGAGCUGCAGAGCCGCUGCCUGUGGUCUGUUGAGCUGGACCAUGCCGUGCGGCUGCUGGUGCUGGCGAUCAUCCUGCUGAGGGACAGAAUCAUCUCCGUCUUUGCCAUCAACGCCCGCUCCUCCGACGCAUUGACUCGCGAGGGCUCCCUGGGCCGCGCCGGGCUGGCGCUGCGCUAUGCCAAGGUCAUCAACCUGGCGGAGAAGCUCAUGAAGUAUCCGUUCAUGGCUGCUGGCAGCACAAGGUGGGUGCGGGGACGAGCUGUAUGGCCUGCUGACCUGCAGCACCAAGAAGGACCUCGCCUUACGGCCAUCCCGGCCUCAGCUUCUCCCUUCCUCCGGUCCCCCCUUUCCCAAAUUCCAUGCCUCCCUCUUCCCAGGGACGAGCUGUACGGGCUCCUGACCUACAGCACCAAGAAAGACCUCGCUCUGCGGCUAUCCCGACCUGUGACCUCCUCCAAGAGCAAAGAUGCUAAGACAGAAGAAUCCGGCGACUCGCAAACUCGCAAGGGCGCAGACAAGAAAGGGGAGAAUGGAAAGGAUGGGGACGAGGAUGAGGAUGAGGAUGAUGAUGAUGAUGGGUUUACUUGGUUGAAGAAGCCUAGUCCGUUGAAUGACCCGCGUGGUCUGGGUGGGAAAGGAGGAGCGGGGAAGGGCGGGGAGGGGGAUGAGGAGGAUGAGGAUAUGGAGGAGUGGGAGAGGCGGAUGCGGAAGGCGUUGAGUCUGCUGCCUCUGCUGGCGCAGCACACGAUCGCUUGGAACGAUGCUAUUACUGUGAAACCUUCGUCAAAUCGGAAGGCGACGCGCUUGUUGAGAGUGCAGACGCUCUUCCACGCCCAAAAAGCAGUGAUCGACGCCUCUCUCCUGGACGCCCUGGAGGGAGUCUCCCGCCUAGUCGCCUCCGACGCCUCCAACCUCACGCAGCUCAACUCCCGCAAGAUGGAAGCCAUGGCUGCCGAGGCCCGGAAAAAGCUUGACAAAACGUCCGCGGAUUCCAAAAAGCCCCGCGCGGUCAUGAUCUCGGGGAUCUUCAAGCCCAAGCGAGCCGCUGCAGGGAUCGUGCACGGCGCACCGCUGCCUAUGGUGUUUGAGCCGGCGACAGAGGUGGGGAAGGUGACGGAGAAGGGGAAGGCCCCGGAGCUGUCGCCGAGGGGUGCUGUGCCGCUGUCACCCACUGGGGCGUCUGCUGCUGAGCCUGCUGCGAGCUUUCUGGUGAAAUCUGGGUCUGUUUCAGCUCCCAGGUCGGCUUCUCCUGCUUCUUCUGCUGCUGCUGCUGCUGCUAACUCUGCGUGGACCAGAUUUCCCACAUCGGCAUCUGUUUCUGUUGCUGGCUCUUCUGCUGCUCCCUUCAGGUCAUCUGACUUGAAUCAGAGAGCCCCCCGCCCCCUCCCUGCACUACCGGCAGCAGCUGAUUCAUCCACCCCAGGCCAAACCACAGCUCUACCCUCUCCCUCUCUCCUCGCUCAGUCUCUGCUCUCCACCUCCUCUCUACCGUCUUCCCAGAUAUCUUCACUCGUCGAAGCCACUCCCUCUCUGUCUCCUCCCCCCUCUGCCACACCUCACACACCACCACCACCUGAGGCUCUCGACUCCCCUAAAAGCCCGUUAAAGCCCCGACCUCCCUCACAGCCCCCUGUGCGUCCCCCUUUCCGGGGCUCAGCUGCUAAUAGCGCGGAUUUAUCUGGGGGAGGUGACAACCCGAGGUCUAUCGGCCAAGACAGCCAGUCUGCUUCGUCUGAAUCUCCCAAGACUCGUCCCGCAACUGCUCCUGCUUCUGCUGCUGCUGCUGCUUCUAUGAACCCUCCUCUGUCUGCCUCGCCGUCCGCCCCACUUCCUGUUUCCCAACACACCUCCUCGUCAAGCCCUCGCCCCUCAACUGCCCCCUCCUCCUCCUCUCGCCCCACCACCCCUUCUUCCCGGCCCACCACCCCCUCCUCCCGCCCCACCACCCCUCCCCUGAGAACCUCUCUACCUUUCCUUCUAGGCUCCUCUUCUCGCCCCACAACGCCUCCCAUGCUAGGCUCGUCCUCCAGUGUCUCCUCUGGCUCUGUCAUGUCUACCCGCCCAUCCGACGCUGUCACGUGUGAGUGCCGCACCGGGCUGGGGUUGCGCAGAGACAGGCUUCGGAACGUGUGGAUCGAGAGGGAUGACGACGAUGAUGGGGAGUGGGACGGGGAGCGGGACAGGGAGGGGGACGGGGAAGGGGAUGGGCGGAGUCUGAGGGAUGGGGCGGGGGGAGGGGCAACCCCGCCUAGGUCGAGGAGGAAUUCGAUCAGUCGGAGCAUUGGAGGGGCGCUGCGGGUGCUGCAGCGGGGAAUGAGCGAGCAGGAGCGCGGCCGGCAUAGCAGCCUGAGGGGGAGUAAUUUGAGUAUGAGUAUGAGCAGCGGUGGGAGUGGUGGGGCUGGGAGUUUUGGUGGGCGGGGGAGUUUGAGAGGAGGGCAAGGGAGUGGUUCUGGUGGUGGUGGUGGCGGCGGCGGUAGAGGAGGGGGAAUUGUUGUCGGAGACAGUGAGUUAGUACGCUUCAAGAGCACCACAAUGGCAGCUGCGAUGAUGAACGUUGCAGCAGAAAUGGCGGUCAGACCUUCCGCACCAACCGGUGCCGUGGUGGCUGCGACUCGCUCAGGCUCCUCCGCUCGAGUAGCCACGCCAGUCUUACCACCUCUGAAGCCUCAGAAACCACUGUCACAUCGCCAAGCAUCCGUUCAACACAGUCCGGAACGCGUGCAGCUAGCUUCAAUGCCAGAGCAGGAACCUUCAGAGAUGGGAGACAUGGCGAGAUGGCGUCUCGUGUUCAGCGCGCUUUUUCACGCCAACGGGUUGGCAGAGGAGGCUGUGGAGAUCCCUAGGUCCGGUCUCGCUGGGAUUUCAGGUCGAUCUGAGACGGAAGAAAUUCCUGGUUACUUCAGUGCGGAGCGUGAAAGCCUUCAGGGCACGCAUCAUGUAAGGGAUGGCGGCUUGCUUCCCCUAGUUUCCAUGACCGGAGAAGAGACUAGGAUGGAUGCUGAACAAGUUAACGGCAUAAAGUUCCCUCACCAGCAUGUACUGGGAGUUGCUACCUCGGACCCGCCUGGUAGCACCCAGCUUCAGACAAAUUUAGAGCCGAAGAAGGAUAGUGAGCUGAGGGAUGACUACUAUGUGAACGUGGGGUAUGCCAUCAGAACGCUACGGGAGGAGCUGCCUACUCUCUUCUACCGGGACAUGACGUAUGACAUCUACAGGGAGGACAUAACCUUCCAGGACCCCAUGAACACAUUCAAGGGCGUGGACAACUACCGGCUGAUCUUCAAGGCGCUGCGCUUCCACGGCAAGAUCUUCUUCAAGGCGCUCUGUGUGGACGUGCUGCGCGUGUGGCAGCCCAACGAGCGCACCAUCCAGAUCCGCUGGUCCGUCCGCGGCAUCCCCCGCCUCCCCUGGGAGGCCCAUGGCCGCUUCGACGGCACGUCGGAGUAUAAACUCGACAGCUCUGGCAAGAUCUACUCGCACAAGGUGGAUAAUAUCGUGAUGAGCGACCCGCCGAAGUAUCAGCCGUUGACGGUGAUGGAGCUGCUGCGCUUGUCAGGAGCGCAGACCACCCCCACCAUUUCGUGCUCGUGCAGAGCCUCCCAGUCCGUUUCUUCUCCAGUGUCUCCUUUGGAGGGGUCUGGCGGGCCGGGUUUGCUGUCGUUUCAGCAGCUGUUGGCGGAAGGAGCGGUGUUUCUGGCCGUAGUUAGUAGGUUUACCUGGAUCAGGUUUUACUGUGCGCUCAGUGGGACACUGGCGCUGCAGAAGAGGCGCGGGGGAGGUGAGGGCGAGGAGGAAUUGGCGGCUUCGUCGGGGUAG